CAGUACCUCAGUGAUGUACUCUGUCGGCGUGCGUUUGAGGGACGGGUGGUUGGAGUAUUAGGAGUUGUCGGGCGAUAGUGCACCACAAACGCUUAGUUCGGGAGGAUACUUUUUUUGCUAAAAUAUACUUAAAAACAACGAAAGGAAUCCCAGCGAUGACUUAAUACAGUAACUUCUCUCCGACUGCUGCAUGUAUAAGCCUGUUUUGGCAUCCCGCAAGUGACGGAAUCAAGGUGUCGGUGAUAGCUAGCUGUUUGCUAACAUCUUCCUUUCACAUAGCAUCAUUAGCUUUGAAGCACAUUGCAACUAGACCGCUGCGGGCCCCCUCAACGCAGGACAGCACCUUGCUAGUGCCGUUGCACGCUAGCUAACAAAGGUAUCGUCGAUAGUUUGCUAACGUUAGCUAGGUAGUGAGCUAACGUGAAGUUGACCGCUGGAGACGCUAACGUUAGCUAUUCGUUGAUCCCAUAAUCAACACCCAACUCCCCGAUCCCUUCACCCCUCUCCCUCCACCUCCCGAAACACUGGAAAUCCACAAGCGGCCGGAGAGCGGCGACGGGCCAGCGGCAGAGAAGCUGGGGGUGGUACCGGAACCGCACGGAGUCGUAGCGGCUCAAUCAGAGAAGCCCAGUCGUGCGGACCUACCGACGACUAUGGACGGGCUGGCGGUGGAGGUUCGCGGUUCGAACGGGGCCUUCUACAAGGGGUUCAUCAAAGAUGUCCAUGAAGACUCACUCACAAUAGUAUUUGAAAACAACUGGCAACCAGAGAGACAGCUGCCCUUCAGUGACGUACGGCUGCCGCCUCCAGCGGACUACCACAAGGACAUCGGCGAGGGAGAGGAGGUUGAGGUGUACUCCAGGGCCAACGAGCAGGAGCCAUGUGGCUGGUGGCUGGCCCGGGUGAGAAUGAUGAAGGGAGAGGUGAGUCAGGGACUGUUCUACGUCAUCGAGUACGCAGCCUGCGACGCCACAUACAACGAGAUCGUCACGCACGAACGCAUCCGGCCCGUCAACCCCAACAGCCCCUCCACCCGAAACUCCUUCCACAAGGUCCCCAUUGCUGUCCCAGAAGACCUCCGGGACAUCUGUGCAAACGACAACAUCCACAAAGACUUCAGGAAAGCCAUCGGAGCCAACUGUAUAUUCUACAGUGCAGCCUCACACGAGCUCACCGUGCUGUCAACGAACGAGACGUCAGUAAAGCGUGCUGCUCUCCUGAGCGACAUGCACUUCCGCAGCAUCCGUACCAAGCUCAUGCUCAUGUCCCGCAACGAAGAAGCCACUAAACACCUUGAGACCAGUAAGCAGCUGGCGUCAGCAUACCAGGAGGAGGUGAAGGUAAGGGAAGACCUGAUGGGUCUGGCCAUUGGCUCCCACGGUGCCAACAUCCAGCAGGCCAGGAAGGUGCCCGGCGUCACCGCCAUCGAACUGGAGGAGGAGAGCUGCACCUUCAGGAUCUACGGAGAGACUCCAGAAGCAGUGAAACUGGCCAGGGUUUUCCUGGAGUUCAAAGAAGACUACUUCCAGGUGCCCAGGAACCUCGUAGGCAAAGUGAUCGGCAAGAACGGAAAAGUCAUUCAGGAGAUCGUAGACAAGUCUGGUGUGGUUCGGGUCCGGAUCGAGGGGGACAACGACAAAAAGCUUCCCCGGGAGGAGGUAGGCAGGCAGGGGGCUGGCAGAGAAGACACUGCCCCUAAACAAGAGGGCAUGGUCCCCUUCGUCUUUGUGGGAACCAAGGAGAACAUCAGCAAUGCCCAGGCCCUGCUGGAGUACCAUGUGGCCUACCUACAGGAAGUGGAGCAGCUGCGUCUGGAGCGGCUGCAGAUUGACGAGCAGCUCCGUCAGAUCGGGGUGGGUUAUCGUGCUCCCCCUAGUCGGGUCGGGGGCACUGGCCCCGGGGACAGGGAGAAGGGCUACCUGACGGACGAGAGCAGCAACUCCACCAACCUCCACACCUCCCGCAUCUACGGAGGCCGCGGCCGAGGGCGCAGGCCCUCCAACAGCCAGUACUCUGGAUAUGGUACCAACUCUGAGCAGUCCAACGCCUCUGAGCCUGAGGACCUCAAUGAGCGUGACCAGCGUCCACGUGGCGUGGGUGGAGAUGAGCGAGGCUCCCGCCGGGGUGGCAGGGGCCGUGGAUCCAACACCGGACGGGGCCGCGGAGGACCCGCCUCACGACCUUCCAACUCAAUCAGCUCCGUGCUGAAGGACCCGGACAGCAACCCGUUCUCCCUGCUGGAGGGUGAGAGUGAGCAGGGUGACACAGAUGCCAGUGAGGGGGUGGGAGAGGUAGACCUCAGGAGACGCUCUCGCCGUCGCCGCAAUGACCAGGAGCCCAGUGUGAUGGACGCCGCUGCCACAGAGUCAGACAGCCAGGCCGGACCCAACGAGAAUGGACUGGAUGAGCAGGGCAGACCCCAGCGCCGCAACAGGAGCCGCCGUCGCCGUAACCGUGGCAAUCACCCAGAGGGAGGAUCCGCCAGCUGUGACAGACUGCCAGUUGAAGUGACCGUGGCAGACUACAUCUCCCGCGCCGAGUCCCAGAGCCGACAGACCCUUCCCCAGGAAACACUUGCUGCUCCCGAGCUCAAGGAAAAUGGGAGCAGUGCCAAGAGGGACGAGCACAUGGCCCCCUCCAAGCGUUCCCCUAGCAACGGCAUGGCCACACCCAGCGAGACCCUUGUCAACGGCGUCUCGUAGAGGACUAGGCCUCGCCCCCUAAAAACCCACGUCUAGAGCAAGACUUCAUGGCAAACUCUGUCCCUGCUUGCAUUUACUUAAACCUUAAAACAGAUGAGUGAAAAACGACAAAAUACCAGAUUCAUACUACUAUGAGAGAGAGGGGGGAGAGAAAGUACAUAAAAAUGACAAAAGCAUCUUAAAAACACACGUAAUGGUGUAUGUUAUCCUAUCUAUCAGUACUUUGUGCUUAUUUAAAUUAAAAAACACCUAGCUUGCCAGAAAAUAGCUGGUGGAUAUGACUUGAUUUUUAAAGAAAUAACAAACACAGGAUGGGACUUUAUUUUUUAUUUUUUUUGCAAGUUUUUGUUUUAUUUUGAUGUUAUCACUGGUUUGGACUUUUGGCCGCUCUCCCAUUCAAACAGACAUGUCUUUUACCAGUCUUAAGGUCCGGAGGAUAGAUGAUGCUAGCUGGAGGAUAGGAGGGAUGGGCGGACGAGUCCAAGAGGUGAAGAACAAGCGUCAGGCGUGUUACGUUACGUUCCCUGGCCUAAACGUCAGUUGGUGAUGAUGGACAGAAAGUCAAACAGAUGUGAUUAUUGAUAGACAUUGUGCCUUGAAUUUGAAAAAAAAAAAAAAAAAAAAAAAAAAACUAGUUUGUUUUUGUUUCACAGGAAAGAUGUUUUUCUUUGAGAAGAGAACAGACCAGUAGCGAGGGAAGGGGGAGUUAAAUGAUUGCAGAGGUAUAAACUGUGGUAAUACAGAAAAGAACGAGGGAACGAAUGACUGGCCAGAGAGUCUGGUGCCAAACAAGAACCUCAAGGCGCUUGUCCUCCCUAAGAGUGGACUGGACAGCGUUUGGGCUGUGUGUGUAUGUGUGUAUGUAUGUAUGUACGUACGUGUGCACAGUUGAGAGCUGGCAACCCUGGGUCAGUGGUGAGGCCACUAUUGGCUGGGAGGAUAGGAAGGGGUGUUGUGUCACUUCCCCUCUCCCUUGCUUGACGCUUGUGUCCGGGGCUGGUCCUACACACAGCCUUUCAGACUGACAGACAAGGAAAUAGAUUGAGUACUUGAUUAGUCGAUGGAUUUAGACUGUAAACAAAACGUCACAGUGCCUCUUUCUCUGGGCCUACUGGCUGUGUGGAAUAGGGAGGUAGGGUAACAUGGCGCUGUAGCUCCCAGCCACACUAACAAACGCCUGGGUGAACCGCAGCAUGGGAGAUCCAACGCACACGCCAUGGUGACCACGAGAUGGAGGGAGGUAGACUGUAGAAGGCUGGCCACGUUGUUUCACCCUUCUAGAGGGUCUGUGUGGCGUGCGGGGGGGUGAGGAGCGCAGCUUCAAAAGAGAUGAGAGCUAUACACACGCACUGUUACACACAGAUGCACAAACUGCAACCGCAACACGACACUGUUGCAAUUCAGUCACGGGCGGUGGGGUGCAGUCAGUGUGGUCGCCCCACGUUAUGUUCGGAGGAGACGUGAGUGUUUUUGAGAUUAACUAACUAUAAGCAAGGUGGUUGUCCUGUUCUUAAAAGGUGGCGGGCGAGGGGCGUGAGGGAGGAGACUCGAACUCUUAUUGGCUUGUGGGCUCAUGUUGUUACUGUCGUCUUGGUUACCUCUCAACUACUUUUGUUCUUUCCACAUCAUAGAAAAUGUGAAAUAAAAUGGAAGUGAAAUCAACUGUCUGACAUGAACUGAUUGAUUUCUUCUGUCUGAGUUUGCGCUCUAUUUUUCUAAAUCGAUAAACAAGCUAAUUUGCAUGAUCAUUUAGCAGUAGCUUUGCAUGAGGGAGAGGGUCACGUUUCAGCCUCACCAUUACGGCAUCCACUACUAGAACUGCUGCUAAUGUCCACAUCGAAUGUGUUUAAGAAUCCAUACCUUGGAGCAGGGCUCCAACGUUGUUCCUGGAGAACUACCAUCCUGUAGGCAGGCUUUUGCUCCUUCCAAGACGGUAGCUCUCCAGAACCAGGGUUGGAGAGCCCUGCCUUAGACACUUUAGUACUGUAGUGGCUUCUCUGACUACCUUUCCACCACUCAUUGACCCACAAGAUAGCUGCCUUUUUACUGAUAUGACUAAGAAUAGAAUUGGCCCCAUUUCUUACUCUUUUAAGUAUUACAAUACGUUUUUAACACAAACCUGGCACAUCAGUGUUCUCACAGCCACAAGUAUUGAGUGGGAUGAGGUGUGUUUACUGGAUUAAAAUCAACUGGAUUGUGUUGCCCCCUUUUGGUUAAACUGUCUUUCUGUGUCAUGGUAUGAGAGCAGAGCACUGAUUAUUUCAAAUAAUGAAUUCAGUUGUGCAUGCCUGCAUGUGGGAUGAAGAGACCGAUUGAACACUUAAUGUAUUGUUUGUGUGAAACGUAUACCUCACUUGUCUAUACUGUAUCUCCCUCUCUUGGCUCCCUGUAUCCCUAUGUCUUUCUGGUUGGGGAGAAUGUUGACGUUUGUGUGUAUGUUAGUAGUACUGUUUAGGUACUGUCAACUCUUCACUCUGUGUCAGGUUGUCUCUGGUCUUCUCACUCAUGUUCUGAUGGCAAUAAAGGACUUUUCAUUGUUUGAUA